GAUGGGGAAAUCCUUAACUGAAUUGCGUCAAAGCGACGUCAGCAGCGGGUUCGUUGAUGUGCAGGUAGCACGGUGGCGGCGGCCAUAUUCGCUUCUAUGGGAAAGUAAAGGGGAGCCCGGUGUGCGUAUGGUUCAGCCAAACAGCCUGUCACUCAGCUACCCUCCACCUCCCCAGCGCAGUAGCGCAAGGCCCACCGCUUUCCACCCACAUUUGUUUAUCUAACAGGGAUAACGACGCCUGCAAAACGAAGAAAUGCUGCGUGAAACGAGGCUCUAGUGCGUCUAGAUGAUGCCUUUUGUCCAGCCACAAGAUUCCUGGCACAAAAUGGAGGUGCAUAGCGUCAGUAGCGAGGUCAAUGGGCAUCAGAUCAUGGAUGAGCCUAUGGAGGAGGGAGACUCUCUCUCACACUGUGAUGAGGGGGCAUAUAAGGAGAUUCCCAUCACCCAUCACGUGAAGGAGGGGUGUGAGAAGGCCGACCCCUCCCAGUUUGAGCUGCUCAAGGUGCUGGGCCAGGGCUCCUUCGGAAAGGUGUUCCUGGUGCGCAAGAUUGUGGGUCCUGAUGCUGGUCAGCUUUAUGCAAUGAAAGUGCUGAAAAAGGCGUCACUAAAAGUGAGGGACAGAGUUCGCACAAAGAUGGAGAGGGAUAUUCUGGUCGAGGUGAAUCAUCCCUUCAUUGUGAAGUUGCACUAUGCCUUUCAGACAGAAGGGAAGCUCUAUUUAAUUUUGGAUUUUCUCAGGGGUGGAGAUGUAUUUACUCGUUUAUCCAAAGAGGUAAUGUUUACAGAAGAGGAUGUGAAAUUCUACCUUGCAGAGCUGGCCCUGGCCUUGGAUCAUCUCCACAACCUAGGCAUUGUUUACAGAGACCUGAAGCCUGAAAACAUUUUGCUUGAUGAAGCUGGACAUAUCAAGUUAACAGACUUCGGGCUUAGUAAAGAAUCAGUAGAUCAGGAUAAGAAGGCCUACUCCUUCUGUGGUACAGUAGAAUACAUGGCCCCAGAGGUAGUCAACCGGAGGGGCCACACGCAGAGCGCCGACUGGUGGUCACUCGGGGUACUGAUGUUUGAAAUGUUAACGGGGACAUUACCAUUCCAAGGCAAAGACCGAAACGAAACUAUGAACAUGAUUCUCAAAGCGAAGUUGGGAAUGCCACAGUUCUUAAGUUUGGAAGCACAGAGUCUGUUACGAAUGCUCUUUAAACGGAACCCAGCUAAUCGACUAGGAGCAGGUCCUGACGGCGUGGAGGAAAUCAAGCGACACGCGUUCUUCUCCACUAUAGACUGGAAUAAACUGUUCCGCAGAGAACUGCAGCCUCCGUUCAAGCCAGCGGCAGGAAAGCCAGACGACACCUUCUGCUUCGACCCAGAGUUCACAGCCAAGACCCCCAAAGACUCCCCGGGCAUACCUCCCAGUGCAAACGCUCACCAGCUCUUCAAAGGCUUCAGCUUCGUAGCACCAGCUUCCCUAGAGGACAGCAAAAGCUCCCCCAUGGUCAAUAUACUCCCCAUAGUACAGAUGCACAGUGGGUCGGCGCAGUUCUCAGACGUAUACGAGCUGAAGGAGGACAUAGGCGUGGGCUCCUACUCCAUCUGCAAGCGCUGUAUCCAUAGAGUCACCACCAUGGAGUUUGCUGUCAAGAUUAUAGACAAAAGCAAGAGAGACCCUUCAGAAGAGAUUGAGAUUCUCAUGCGAUACGGACAGCAUCCGAAUAUCAUCACACUUAAAGAUGUGUAUGACGAGGGCCGCUUUGUGUACCUGGUGACGGAGCUGAUGAAGGGUGGGGAGCUGCUGGACCGCAUCCUCCGGCAGAAAUACUUCUCUGAGCGAGAGGCCAGCGCUGUCCUCUACACCAUCGCCAAGACCGUCGAUUACCUGCACUGCCAGGGGGUGGUGCACAGGGACCUGAAACCCAGUAACAUCCUAUACAUGGACGACUCGGGGAACCCAGACUCGAUCCGCAUCUGUGACUUUGGUUUCGCCAAGCAGCUGAGGGGGGACAACGGCCUGCUGCUGACGCCGUGCUACACUGCCAACUUUGUGGCACCAGAGGUCCUGAUGAGGCAGGGCUACGAUGCUGCCUGUGACAUCUGGAGUCUGGGAGUCCUCCUCUACACCAUGCUGGCUGGCUACACCCCGUUCGCCAACGGCCCCAACGACACCCCUGAGGAGAUUCUGCUGCGGAUCGGCAGUGGGAAGUUUUCCCUCAGUGGAGGCAACUGGGAUACUGUCUCAGACUCCUCAAAGGACUUGCUAUCCCAUAUGCUCCAUGUGGACCCCCACCAGCGCUACUCGGCUGAGCAGGUGCUCAAGCACUCGUGGAUCGCCUGCCGCGACCAGCUUCCUCACUACCAGCUCACGCGGCACGACGCGCCACACCUGGUCAAGGGUGCGAUGGCUGCCACAUACUCUGCGCUGAGCCAUAAGACGUGUCAGCCGGUGCUGGAGCCGGUGGCGGCGUCCAGUCUGGCCCAGCGCCGCAGCAUGAAGAAGCUCACCUCCACCGACCUGUAGCAGCCGGACACACACACCACCCCAAACACUCACCACUGCUGUUGCUCGCUCUGCUGCACCCUCUCUCCUCUCCUCCUCCUCUCAUCUUCUCUCUCCUCCCUCCUCUCUCAUCUCAUCUUCUCUCUCCUCCCUCUACUCCUCUCCCCUCUCUUCCUCCCUCCUGUCUCCU